AUAUACUACGUCCUGCAUUUGCCUGCAGUUCUACUGAAUCGAAACAUCUCACCACCUAAUUAGUGUAUCUUCGUGAGAUGAUGCGUGUUCGGACAAUGACCAACUAAAUGCCAUGGAAUCAUUGCAUAACGGCGCUCCGUCGUCCCUUGUGAUAGCACAUUCACCGGCAACCUACAAAAGUCCACUCCGACCGAAAGGUCAUUACCGGUCUUCUUCCCUGGAAAACAACCCAUUUGUUUUGACCGGGGGGAAAUCGACGCUUAGUUUAGUUCCCACCAGCUUCACCGGCACGCUUAAAUCUCGACGUGAGCAAAAACGGAUAUCAGAUUUCCUUAGCAAGCAGGCUUAUUCCAGUGGAACCGCUGCAACGGUUGAGGGGUCCAUCGGCAAUGGAAGGGAACAAAACGAGAGCAGUAUACGAAAAGCACACUUUGAGAAUAUUCGCGAGAUUUUCGAGAAAAACAAUAACAAAACCGCACAAAACAACAAGUUAACGACCGCCAGUGCAAGUUCUUUGGCGACCAAAUUUUCAAACAGUUUCGCGACGGCAUCCUCCACUUCUUCCGGUCAUGAUACUGCUCCAGGGGGAUCACUCUCUGCGGAAGAUAAACCACCCAGGAUCCAGUCCUGUAGUGGCAUCCUAGGAAAGGGCAAGCAGGUAAUCCGCCCGAUAGCAUUCAAACCAGUUCCUUACAAAUGUAAUACACCAAAUUAUAUCAGUCCGACGAGCCAAAAUGGGGGCCGGCAUACUGACCUGGGAGACCGUUACGGAUCGACGCCCUCCCUUGGGCCUGCAAUGAGCAUUCAGUACAAGUUUGGCAGUACAACGGAUCUUCACAAUCACAACAACAAUCUACGACAUAGCGAACAUGGUGGCAUUGGGAACGUUACCUCCGGAACUAUCGGACUAAUUGGCAACAAUGGCCCCACCAGCGGUACGUAUCAGCACCAGUAUGGUACGUUGACGCGAAAGACCUCCAGUAUACCAUUCAAGACCUACGACAGUCUGGAGUCGAUUCUAAAGCUACCGGACAGUAUGAUUGCCUCUUAUCCGAAUUCUAACACUGGUCAAUCUUCCGUGGGUCUAUAUGCUGCACAUGAUCUCCUCGACAUGGCCCCUUCACCAUCAGACUCGGGCAUCUCGGAGCUGGAGGCUGCCUUGCGCGAUCGGGACUCGGAGCUGGCGUAUCUCCGGCAAACCAUGGAGCACAAUGAGCAAGUAAUAUUCAAAGUUCAUCAGGAUAAGGAAAAACACUGGGAACAGGAGCUGAGCCGCCUGAAAGCGAUCCACGAGAGCCGGCUGCGGGCCGGUGCCCAGAAGGUGCACAAACUCGAGCAACUCCUGAUGAUGCAGACCUUCCAGUUGCGCCAGGAUAAGAAGCGGCUGCAGGAAGAUGUUAACCGGCUGCACUCGGAGUUCACGCUGGCCAAGGAGCAGGUGGAGCACCAGAAAGGUGAACUCUGUCAUCUCAAGCUGACGGAAAAAGAUCUGAAAGACCAAAACGGAGACCUGAUCGAUGAAAUCCAGAUGUUGCGCCGCAUCGUUAGUGAUCUGAAGGAACGCCUGGAGGAGAGCGAGUGGAGUCUGUGUCAGCGGAAUGGGGAAGUGGCUCUGAUGAAAACGCAACUCAAAGAUGCACAGAUGGAUAUAACAACAAAAGAUCAGGAAAUUGUGCAGCUGCGGGCAGAUAUCAAGAUGCAGAAUCUGGAUGAGAUUAGUUUGAAAAAGUCUGAGAUAAAAAAAGAGCUUGACUUCGAUUUGGAGAUUUCACAGUUGAACCGUAUUAUCAUCUUCAAGGAUCAGAUAAUUGUUGUGAUGAACAACGAAAUACAGAAGUUACGCAAAGAACUAUCUGAUAUUUCUAUAAUGCGAGGCUACGAGGGGGUUCCAUCUGGACGAUAUUCACGCUACAAGAAAAAGCUAGAUUUUGUUGCACAGAAGUUCGGCGAAUCUGCAGAACAGAGUAAAACCAGCAGUAAAAAUUCCGAUAAUGGCCAGUCCGGAGAACUUAAGACAGAUCCCAAUGGAGGUGACAUGAAGCUGAAAGACGACAUCAGCAGCAGUGAUAUCAUAAGAAACUAUUUCAACAAUAAAUUGGAAUUGAACAAGAAACUGUUUCUGAAUACUCAAAUUUGCAACUACUCCGACGAGGACAAAUCGAGUAUGAUCGAGACCUACAAUGCCAAAAAACUGCCGGAUAUAACGUUGGAUCUGAGCAGCCUUGGCAUGCAAAAGCAAAAGGUAUCAGACCAGUUAAAAGAGUCGCUCCUGGGUGACCAGAACUACAACCAGAGUUCGUCAGAUGACGACUACAAAUCCAUGACACCGACGCGAGAGCAGGAUGAGGAGGAAGAAGAACUUCGCGUCUUAGCCACCGAAUCGGACACAGCAAAAAACUGUGAUAAAACAGCAUCCCACGACAAGGAUCUGCAGAUAGCGCAGCUACGUCAGGAUUUACAGGAUUGCCGGGCAGGCUUCGAACAGGAACGGCUGAAGUGGGCCGAUGAAAAAGAGAAGGUGCUCGUCUAUCAACGGCAACUACAGCAAAACUAUGUGGAGAUGUGCAAACGAACUGCCGUACUGGAAGAGAAGCUAAAAACUCUCGAAAAUCAAUAA